AUGGCAAAACAAUACGAGACAGGGAAAUCUGGAAUCGACAUCGCAAAAGAGUUGGCCGAUUGGAUAAUCUCAAGAAAGAUUUUCUCGGAUUCAACGGAUCGAAUUGCAGUUGUCGCAUUCGGAACCAAGUUGGCCGUCAAUGAACUCGAACUCGACUCAGUUCAAGUUCAUGAUUCUACCCUUCAGAGGGCAAACUUCGACCAAUUGCGGUUUAUUAACAAUGAAUUGAGCAUUAAUCAUAACUCUGCCAAAUUUGCGGCCAACGGGCUUAUCGUUGCACUUCAGAUGCUCCGAGAUCACGCUGCUUCCGAAGAAGACCUUGUCGAUGAAAUGUCAAUUGUUGUGAUUUCGAACGAUUGCACACUAGGAGAUAAGGAUUUUAAGACAAUGAAGGCGACAUUUAACGAGUUGAGCGUUGGUCUCAUCACGAUUGGUUCCGAGACUUCAACCUGUAAUAAUACUAUUGCAGACCUUGCUGAAUCUCUGGAAGGCCAAAUUUUCAGUUUUGAGAAUAUGAUCGGAUGUUUAUCGCAUUUUGCGACCAAAGAGAAGGAUUCGAGAGCUUCAUAUAAAUCUUGGGAGAUUGCUCCUGGAAUUCGGCUGCCGCUCGCAUUUACCACAAAAAGUGUCAAAACCAACUCGGGACUCAAAUUCUCGCUGGCAAACGAGUUCGGCUCAAAUGUAAUGCGCGUGAAUCAGCUGAGAGUCGAAAAUGAGGAGGGCGAAGUUCAGAAAUUUACUCAGCUGCCGAAAGCGGCUGGAGCUGAUUAUCAGGUGAAGCAGCUCUCGAAGGAUGACACCUGCUACGGCUACUAUUUCGGUACCUCAUUGAUAUUUGUUGAUGAUAACGAGCUCAAGGAGCAAUAUAACAAUCAUAACUUCAAUGAGGGCGAAAAGGGCGGAUGCUUGAAGCUGAUACAGUUCACUAAGCGGGCAAAUAUUCAUCCUUCGUAUUUCAUCGGCGACAAGUCUUACACAGUAAUUCCAGCGGUGUCAAAGCCCCUGAAUCUUAAUUUCACUCGUUGCACCAUCGCGAUGAUCCAAGCAAUGCUUGAGCUUGACGUCGUCGCCAUUUGUAGAUACGCUUACAACGCAAGCACUCACCUUCAACUGAUGGCAUUGAUCCCGCACAGGGAUGACGAGACGGAGACGUACUUUCUAAGAGCGCUCCGUCUACCAUUCGCUGAUGAUAUGAAAUGUAUGAAGUUCGGAAAUUUGGAUGAAGAUGAGGCGAGUCGGCCAACCGUCGCCCAGCUCGCCGCCAUUGAUGAUUUGAUCGAUGUGAUGCAGCUCGAUGGGCAAGAAGCUGAGAAUUUCGAAGCCGGAGGUGUCCUCGACCCGGCAUUUCAAAUGGAAUGCAUAUGUGUGAAGAACAAGGCGCUGAAUCCCAAUGAAACCGACUUCAGCCAAGUGUUCAAUGCUUCAAGCAUUAUUCAAAAGUGUCUAGCGCCUAACAAGAAUAUUCUUGAAUCGCGUCACGAUUUGUUCGAGCGACUCGCCAGGGAGUUCAACCUUCAGACGGUUGAGAAGAUUUCUAGGAAGCGAAUUGCAUUGGAGCCCAAAGAUUUGGAGGAACUAUUGAAUGAUGUGAAGACGAAGAUUGCAAUGACGCCGCAGGAGAAGAAGAAGGCUAAGGUUUCACGCUGGGAUGAGCUCAAGAACGAGUUUGAGGAGGAUCCCGACAAGGCGGCGAAGAAGGCGUGCGAACAGUCAUUGAUCACGAUACGAGGAAUGUGCUCGCUUCCAGACAAUUCGACGAGAAACAACUUCUUCAAGGUGCUUGUUGGUGAGAUGAGGUCGAUACAGGAGAUGUGCUUCGAAUUCCACAUGUCGAAACACUUCAAUGACUAUCUGGAAGAGAUCAAACGAAGCGCCGACUAUGAGGACUUUGUCGACUUUAUGCAGGAAGAUAAGAGCAUAUUUCCGAUUCAUUCGCAAGAAGAGCCGAACAGCAAUUAUUCUCGAGAUGAAGCGUUGGACUUUUGGGAUUAA